AUUUCACACACACACACACACACACACACACACACACGGAGAGCGAGGGAGUGUAGGAGGAGUAGUAAUAGUGCUGCUGCAGGAAAGUCGGUGCACCUUCAUCAUCAUCAUCAUCAUCAUCAUUAUCAUCAUGCGCGAGCCGGAGUCAGAAACAGCAGCAGCAGAUGUUCCUCUCCUCUAGACUGGAGGAUUUUCGCACAGCUGCACGCAUGGGCACCGAGAGGCUCCGAGGAAUAUUUUAAAGGGAAAAGAGUUUUCCCCCGCACCAGGUGGAGAGGAGCUGCUCUGCCAUCAUGGCCGGCCAGGAGUGGACCGACUGGUUCGAGCGGGAGGAACUGAUCGGGCAGAUCAGCGACAUCCGAGUGCAAAACCUCCAAGUUGAGAGAGAAGUCGUUCAGAAGCGGACCUUCACAAGAUGGAUGAAUCUGCAUCUAGAGAAGUGUAAUCCUCCACUGAUGGUGCACGAUCUUUUCCGUGACAUCCGAGAUGGGCGGGUCCUCAUGGCCUUGCUGGAGGAGCUGUCAGGAUGCAGGCUGCUGCAUGAGUUCAAACCGUCCGCGCAUCGCAUUUUCCGGCUUAAUAACAUAGCCAGGGUGUUGGCGUUCCUGGAGGAAAGAAACGUAAAGCUGGUCAGCAUCGACGCCGCCGAUGUCGCUGAUGGCAAUUCGUCCAUUGUGCUCGGGCUUAUCUGGAAUAUCAUCCUCUUUUUCCAGAUAAAAGAGCUUACAGGAAACAUAAGGAACCAAUUCCCGUCCACUUCCAGCCUGUCGUCCAUCCCAACCAGCUCGGACUCGGACAUGUCGCUGUCCAGCACGCCGUCGGACGAGAAGAAGCCUUCCAUCGUUGCCAGGGAUCAUGGAAAAGCCAUAAAGACUCUCUUACACUGGGUCCAGAGACGUACCAGGAAAUAUGGUGUGGCAGUCCAGGAUUUUGGCAAGAGCUGGAAAAGUGGUCUUGCCUUUCUUGCAGUCAUCAAGUCCAUUGACCCCAGUCUGGUGGACAUGAGGAGAGCUCUGCUCAGGUCACCCAGAGAGAACAUCGAAGAGGCCUUCAGGACGGCGCAUUACAGCCUGGGCAUCCCACGACUUCUGGAGCCUGAAGACGUAACCCUGAAUCGUCCUGACGAACAGUCCAUAAUGACCUACGUGUCCCAGUUUCUGGAGCACUUUCCAGGAAUCGAGGAGGAUGAGCCUUCGGAUAUCCUGGAGAGGAAUAAGGUCAGUGCGCGGAUGACAGAGCCGCCGGUUAAGAACGGAGUUCAGAGGAAGAGAGAAAAGUCCAGUUUAGUGAAGAGGGACUGGGUUCAGCCUCCACCCAAGAUCUUUAUCUCCUCAGUGGUUAAAGAUCAAGAGCAAAAACGUUCUCCUGUCCCACUUCAAACGGUAGAUGACCGACCUUGGGACAGCGAGGACUCCUCAGUGGGUUCGAGCCCCAGUACUACAGAAAAUCGGCCUCCGAGUCGCCCCCAGGGCCUGAACAAAGACGCGUCCUCUCCCUUGAGCUCCCCGCAGCCGUCUCUCACCGACUCGGCUAUGGAUUUCCCAGAAUCGUGGGCUGAGACGCCUAGUGAACUUCCACAGUCGUGCAGCAACGACUCCCUGAGAGAUUCCACCUCAGCAGGCGAUCUGACCUCACUGGGUUCUCCACUGGAAUCAGAGAGGGGCCUGCAAGAUCAGGUAGAUUCAGAGUUGUUUGUUGAUGAGGGAAACUUCUCGCUCAGCUUAGAGGCUAGAUCCGCGUUGCUGUCCGAGGAAGAGGACGCUUAUAGGUACAUUUUAGAUCUUAAGGAAGAAGAAUCUGCCAGUGAUGUGCCCAAUGAGGAUAUCAUGACAAACUCAAACGCCCAGGAACCUUGUCCCGAGACGAAUCCAGAUAAACCCGCAUCUUCCGAUCCUUCCUAUGGGGACGGUGACUCUGGGUACUAUCCAGAUCAGAAGGAUAUCGCCGCAACUCAACCAGAUGAUGUCAGCGAGAGUUUGCUGUCCCCUGACUCUAAUAAACCCGAUGCUGGUGUUGAAAAUGAAUCGGAGAACCUGGCUGAAUAUUGCGAAGAAAGUCUCGAGUCUUCCAACACCGAAGAAGCUGUACAGAAGGUCUCUACGGAAUCAGAUCAAACAAACGUUUUUGAGGACGACCAAGAGUGGCCUGUCGUUCAGUACGAGAGGAUUUCCAUUUCAGGGAGUGAAGAGGACAUUGAAGAAUUUGGCACGGAGUUGCGUGAAGAGCCUCUUGAUGAGGAAAUGGAGGGAAACCAGAUGCCAGAUGUGUUCAGUGGCAGGAUGGAGGAUGGUGCUGCAGAGGAACAUCACCGUUUCAGAAAGACUGAAGAUGUAGAUCAGGUGCCGGGAACUGAGCAGGACGGUCCGAAGCCAGAAGAUAAAGCAGACCAGAUCAGUACCGAGUACGAGCUUCCUCAGAUCCCCACAAACAGCAGCCAGCCUGGGGCAACAGAUUCUGAGGCAGAGAUCCAAGAGAAAGAGGAACAGAAGUCUGGCGCUGAGGAUUCAAGCAAAACCGAAGAGCCAACAAUGAAAGAUUUGAGUGAAUCCUACCAACAGGUGACCGACAGGCUGGUGGAAACGAGCUUUCCCGAGGUUGAAGAAGAGAAGCUGGAAUCCAGUCCUGUGAAGAAGCGGUCGUGUGAAGAAACAAGUCAGGGUGAUUUAAGCCUUGUUCAAGAGGACGUCGUCGCUAAAAACGAGUCGGAGGACGAGCUGAAUGCAACCCAAGGUCUUCCCGAGACUGAAAACGGGGCCGUCGAAGACGUGAGCACAAAAGAAGACGACGCAUCAUCCGGUCUGCAAAACAUCAGUCAUUCCAAAGCUUCAGAAGAUGACCUGAUUGAAAUCAACACGACCAUGCCAGUAUCUGUGACCUCUCAGAGUAAUACCCUUGUUACUGACCUCCCCACACCUGAGGCCUUGGACCAGCCAAAUCCUGGCGCUCCAUCCUGUGAAGAAGAUGAGCGGUCCUUCAGUCCGCCGACGCCCAGCGUAGUAGACCAGCCGUAUGAUAAUGAGAAUGAAGGACAGGCCACUUGGGAGGAGACCAAGAUUCUGGAUACGGAGCGGGCGGAGAGGUACCGUGCGGAGCUCCGGCUGUCGCUCAGCGUGACUCCUCUGCAACCCGCGCCCUCGCAACCUGCGCUUACUGACUCUGACAGUGCGCAGGAAAAGGUUGAUUAUGGGGUUGUGGAGUCUCCGGGACAGAGUCCGUUCGGGCUUUGGGUUGGACACCCAGGAGAAUGGGGCCUGAUGGAGACGGACCUGGACGCAGAGAUCGAGCGCAAUAACCGAGAAGAACAGAAAAACAGAGAGGAACAGGAGAACUCCGCCUCCGCCAGAGAAAACACGGACGUGCCGAGCAGGGACGAAGCUGUCAGAGAGCGAAGCACUGAAGAUGAAAACCAGCCACCGGCAGCUUUGAGCGAACCAGAAGUGGCGGAUGUGAAAGAAGCGAAGCAGCCCAGAGAAAACGGAGAAUCCCCCGCUGCCAUCACGACAAAUCAUGCGGACGAAAGGUGUGUGAUGUGUAAUAAGAAGGUGUGCAGUCCUGCACGGAGUCCACAGCGCGCAAAUCACCCGGGGCUCUCCGAAGUCGACUUCCUGCUGCUCAUGUGGUUCCUCCUCUACUGCCUGUUCGUCCUGCCUCACAUGGACAUACGGACGAUCUCCCGCUUCCUGCUCAACCUGGACGAAUGAAAACGCGGGAUCAGAUGAAUUAUCGCAGGAUUAAUCUGCUUGCUUUCUUCCACAGCUCACGUACGGUGAACGAACCUUCCUGAAGAACUGACAGCACGUUGCCAUAUCUGUACAUUUUAAAUCCAGGUUGCCAGGUUUACAGCUGUUCUAUAAGCCUACGCACUGCAUCUUCUGGACACCAAUGCUUAAAAAGUCAAUAUUUUAACGAGAAGAUUAAUAUUACGAAUAACCAAUAAUCAUUUUGUUUUGGUAUGGUAAUGCUUAUGCUGAUUGACAUUUCGAUUGUCGGUUAUUUUAUUUUAUUUUAAGCUCGUAACGGAAUUGCCAUCACCAGGAAGGAGUUAUUUGACACACCACCUGUGUUCAGGCUGUAUUUUUAUUUUUUAUUUCUUUUAUUGCACUCUCGAGAUCAAGUCUGGCCCUUUAAGAACUUCUAAUGGAACUUAUUUUGGAAGGAAUAUGAUGGAAAUCCCCUCGUUUUUAUUCACCUGAUUAAUAAAUCAUGGACAUUACUGUCGCUCCAAUGAUGAAAUGCAAAAUUGUGGUAGUAAAAUUU